GGGGGGCACUCAUCGACACGCGCAACCGCACCGACUUCAGCAUCAAGCUCGAGAACGACGCGCCGACGCUCGCCCUCGCGGCGUCUGCCUCGCGCAAACCCAACAAGGCCGCGGGGCUCCUGCUCCACCAAUACGUCCUCGGGGGUGGGGGGGCGCUGUUCGGUGCCCGUCCGGACGUCGCCACCUUCCAUCCAACCUUCUCCAUCCCGGCCUAUCUCUCCAAGUUCAGCGGCGCCGCCUCGCGCGCCGCCGCCCCGACCACCCUAAAGCCCAUCGGCGCCGCGGCCGACGCCGAGCUCGCCUCCUUUGGCGAGACCACCGGCGCGGUCAAGAAUGGCGACGUCUCGCUCGCCGACUCCACCGCCAACUCCGUCGGUGUCACGUGCGGCGGCGGCGCCGCCCCUGUGUGGUGCGCGGAGCCGCCGCUGCCGUUCGCCGAGCUCUGCGUCUCUGAGGAUCCGAUCAAGACCUCGGGCUCCACGAGCAAAAAGACGGACUGCACGACCACCACGGCCCACUCCAAGGGCGAGGCCGACAAGACGGACACAAAGAACAAGCCUGUCCCGGGCUCCACGACGGACGAGGCGGACUGCACGACCGCCACGGCCCACUGGAAGAUCGCGGCCGAAGUGACGGACACAAAG